GCCGGGCCGGGCGGCGCGGCCUGAAGUGCCAGCGAUGGCGAGCCCGCCGCUGCAUGUCCCCCCUGGGCCGGCGGGCGGCGACGGCCCCAACCUCAACAACAACAACAACAACAACAACCACAGCGUGCGCAAGUGCGGCUACCUGCGCAAGCAGAAGCACGGACACAAGCGCUUCUUCGUGCUGCGCGGCCCCGGCGCGGGCGGCGACGAGGCAACGGCGACAGCGGGCGGGGGUCCGGCGCCGCUGCCGCCGCGGCUCGAGUACUACGAAAGCGAGAAGAAGUGGCGGAGCAAGGCGAGCGCCCCGAAGCGGGUCAUCUCGCUCGACUGCUGCCUGAACAUCAACAAGCGCGCCGACGCCAAGCACAAGUACCUGAUCGCCCUUUACACCAAGGACGAGUACUUCGCCGUGGCCGCCGAGAACGAGCAGGAACAGGAGGGCUGGUACCGCGCGCUCACCGACCUGGUCAGCGAGGGCCGCGCGGGUGCCGGCGACGCGCCCCCCACUGCCGCCAGUGCCGGGUCCUGCAGCGCCUUGCCCGGAGCCCUGGGCGGCUCAGCCGGCGCCGAUGACAGCUACGGGCUGGUGGCACCCGCCACGGCUGCCUACCGCGAGGUAUGGCAGGUGAACCUGAAGCCCAAGGGCCUGGGCCAGAGCAAGAACCUGACAGGCGUGUACCGCCUGUGCCUGUCGGCGCGCACCAUCGGCUUCGUGAAGCUCAACUGCGAGCAGCCGUCGGUGACUCUGCAGCUCAUGAACAUUCGCCGCUGCGGCCACUCGGACAGUUUCUUUUUCAUCGAGGUGGGCCGCUCGGCUGUCACGGGACCCGGCGAACUGUGGAUGCAGGCCGACGACUCGGUGGUGGCACAGAACAUCCACGAGACCAUCCUGGAGGCCAUGAAGGCGCUCAAGGAGCUCUUCGAGUUCCGGCCGCGCAGCAAGAGCCAGUCGUCGGGCUCGUCGGCCACGCACCCCAUUAGCGUCCCCGGCGCGCGCCGCCACCACCACCUGGUUAAUCUGCCCCCCAGCCAGACGGGUCUGGUGCGCCGCUCGCGCACCGACAGCCUGGCUGCCACCCCGCCGGCCGCUAAGUGCAGCUCCUGCCGGGUGCGCACAGCCAGCGAGGGCGACGGCGGCGCGGCGGCAGGGACUGGGGCGGUGGGCGGCAGGCCUGUGUCGGUGGCGGGCAGCCCCCUGAGUCCCGGGCCGGUGCGCGCGCCCCUGAGUCGCUCGCACACCCUGAGUGGCGGCUGCGGCGGCCGCGCGAGCAAGGUGACUCUGGCGCCGGCAGGGGGCGCCCUGCAACACAGCCGCUCCAUGUCCAUGCCUGUGGCGCACUCGCCCCCGGCUGCCACCAGCCCCGGCAGCCUGUCGUCCAGCAGCGGACACGGCUCUGGCUCCUACCCUCCGCCUCCGGGCCCGCACCCGCACCUGCAGCACCCCUUGCACCAUCAUGCGGGCCAGCGGCCCUCCAGCGGCAGCGCCUCAGCCUCUGGCUCCCCCAGUGACCCCGGUUUCAUGUCCCUGGAUGAGUAUGGCUCCAGCCCUGGGGACUUGAGAGCUUUUUGUAGCCACAGGAGCAAUACGCCUGAGUCCAUCGCCGAGACACCUCCGGCCAGGGAGGGCAGCGGGAGCGAAUUGUACGGGUACAUGACCAUGGACAGGCCCCUGAGCCACUGUGGCCGUCCCUACCGUCGAGUCUCAGGGGAUGGAGCUCAGGACUUGGACAGAGGGCUUAGGAAGAGGACUUACUCCUUGACCACACCUGCCAGGCAGCGGCCGGUGCCCCAGCCCUCCUCCGCAUCCCUGGAUGAAUACACCCUGAUGCGGGCCACCUUCUCCAGCAGCUCUGGCCGCCUCUGCCCUUCCUGCCCCGCGUCUUCUCCCAAAGUGGCCUACCACCCCUAUCCCGAGGACUACGGGGACAUUGAGAUUGGGUCCCACAGGAGCUCCAGCAGUAACCUGGGCACGGACGAUGGCUACAUGCCCAUGACCCCUGGUGCAGCCCUCAUGGGUGGUGGCAGUGGCAGCUGCAAAAGUGACGACUACAUGCCCAUGAGCCCCACCAGCGUGUCUGCCCCAAAGCAGAUCCUGCAGCCACGGGCUGCCACUGUGGCCUUGCCCCCCACGGGAGCUGCAGUGCCAGCGCCUGCCUCUGCGGCCAGCAGGGCCUUUCCGGUGAAUGGGGCCAGCUACAAGGCUAGCUCCCCGGCGGAGAGCUCCCCCGAGGACAGUGGAUACAUGCGCAUGUGGUGUGGCUCCAAGCUGUCCAUGGAGAACACAGACAGCAAGCUGCUUCCCAAUGGGGACUACCUCAACAUGUCCCCCAGCGACGCGGGCGCGUCGGGAACCCCGCCGGACUUCUUCUCCGCAGCCCUGCAUGGCGGAGGGGAGAUGCUCAGGGGCGUCCCUGGCUACUGCUACAGCUCCUUGCCUCGCUCCUACAAGGCUCCCUACACCUGCAACGGGGACAAUGACCAGUAUGUGCUCAUGAGCUCCCCCGUGGGGCGCAUCCUGGAAGAGGAGAGGCUGGAGCCGCAGGCCAGUUCGGGGACCACGCCGUCGGCCAGCGUCUUCGUGGCUGGGGUGGGUGGUGGUGGCCACACCCAGCCUCCUCACUCUGUAGUGCCUUCGCCUGGGAGACUGAGUGGCAGCGGCGGUGGCCGCCCGGAAGGCUUCCUGAACCAGCGCUGCCGGGCAGUGCGGCCCACGCGCCUGUCCCUGGAGGGGCUUCAGACCCUGCCUAGGAUGCACGAGUAUCCUCUGCCACCUGAGCCCAAGAGCCCGGGCGAGUACAUCAACAUUGACUUUGGCGAGGCGGGAGCACAUUUGUCGCCACCUGCCCCUCCGCUGCUGACGUCGGCGGCCUCCUCCUCCUCGCUGUUGUCUGCCAGCAGCCCAGCCUCAUCCCUGGGCUCUGGUACCCCUGGCACGAGCAGCGACAGCCGGCAGCGCUCCCCUCUCUCCGACUACAUGAACCUCGACUUCAGCUCGCCCAAGUCCCCCAAGCCGGGUCUCCAGAGCGGGGACCCAGUGGGCUCCUUGGAUGCCCUCCUGUCCCCCGAGGCCUCCUCCCGGUACCCACCGCUGCCCCCACGCCCUGCCGCCCCCUCUUCCUCCCUGCAGCCACAGCUGCCUCCACCACCACCCCCAGGAGAGCUGUACCGCCUGCCUGCAGCAUCCACGUCCCAGGGCCCCAGCGCUGCCUCCUCUUCGUCCUCGGAGACUGGGGACAAUGGUGACUACACCGAGAUGGCCUUUGGCGUGGCUGCCACCCCGCCACAACCCAUCGUGGCUCCCCCGAAGCCGGAAGGUGCCCGCGUGACCAGCCCCACGUCUGGCGUGAAGAGGCUGAGUCUCAUGGAUCAGGUGUCUGGGGUUGAGGCCUUCCUGCAGGCUGGCCAGCCCCCAGACCCACACCGAGGGGCCAAGGUCAUCCGCGCAGACCCGCAGGGGGGCCGCCGCCGCCACAGCUCCGAGACCUUCUCCUCGACCACCACUGUGACCCCCGUGUCCCCGUCCUUCGCCCACAACUCGAAGCGCCACAACUCAGCCUCCGUGGAAAAUGUCUCUCUCAGGAAAAGCAGCGAAGGGGGUGGCAGUGGCGUCCUCAGUGGGGGCGACGAGCCCCCCACAUCCCCCCGCCAGUUGCAGCCACCGCCUCCCCAGCAGGGGCGGCCAUGGACACCGAGUCAGCCUGGAGGCCUGGUUGGCUGCCCCGGGGGAAGUGGCUCUCCAAUGCGCAGGGAGACCUCUGCCGGCUUCCAGAAUGGCCUCAACUACAUCGCCAUCGACGUGAGGGAUGAGCCAGGACUGUCGCCGCCCCCACAGCAGCACCCGCAUCCGCAGCAGCAUCCGCAUCCGCAGCCAGGCGACAAGAGCGCCUGGGGCCGGACCCGUAGCCUCGGCGGUCUCAUCAGCGCUGUGGGGGCCAACAGCACCAGUGGGGUGUGUGGGGGGUCGGGCCCUGGCGCCCUGCCUUCCACCAACACCUAUGCCAGCAUUGACUUCUUGUCCCAUCACCUGAAGGAGGCCACCAUUGUGAAAGACAUCCAUGAUCUAUCCAGGAAGACCCCCUUCUCCUCCUGUGCGGAGGAGGCCUCCUGGCCACCAUCAGCCCCCUCCACCCUUAAUGCCUCCUGCUCUGAAAACCUGCCGCUGCUGGACCCUCUGCCCUCUGCCACAGUGGCCACUGUUGUCAGAGGAGGGCAGCCCCACUUGGCUGGGCAGCUCUGGGUUACCAACCCAUCAGGCUGAUGGAGUCAGUUCCAGAGUGACGAUCUGUCUGGCUUUCUCACCAUGACAUCACACAUCAGAGAAUCACAUUAAAAGAAGAUGCUCAGCAUUUUUUUCUAACCUGAAGCUGCUUACAAUUUUUCUUUUGGAUCUGCGCAAUUACUAUGUUUUGAGACAUCUGACUUUAUUAACCAUGGAACCAACCAACAAGGCAAGAACACAUGCCUCGCUCGCUUGUUCCCAUAGGGAGCAUUCAUUCAUCCUUGUGCUGUUUGUAUUGUGUUUUGUUUUGUUUUCUGACACAAUUUGCCGAAGGAAUUAUUCUCAAGAAAAUGGGAUGUUUUCAUUGGCCUUUUCCAUUGUGGCCAGUGUCUUAAUUGCUUCUUAUUUUGGCAAAGCAAAUUUGUCCCUCAGCAUGCUAGGCAAUUCUACCAAUACCCAUGAAAGUGGUAAAAUCUGGUAUUUACUGGCAUACACUCAAACUACCACAGUCCUACCUCAGUUCCAGGUAAAGCCGGAUUUGCGUGGUUAGGGGCCGGCAGGACCUCCUGUGUAUCUGUGCUGAAUGUGUCGCAAGUGUGGUCAUCAGCCUUACUAAACUGGUUCCAGUACACAGCUGCUUGUUGGACUCCAAUCCAGGUACUUGCGUGUUUACUCACAGACAGAGCCCAGUGUGGGACUGACAUUUCUCAAUGGAAAUGAAAUUUGAGAUUGGACUUUGAAGAUGGAUUAAUAAAUAAUAAAUAUAUGUAACUGAAGCAACCUACUUUUGAAACUCAUCAACUGUAUUGGGUAGUAGGGGUGGGGGGCAAGGGUUUGGGAAGGGGGUGAAUAUCUCUUUUUACCUUUAACAAACUUGGUUAAUCUCUCUAUGUAGAUGUUUAUGUAGGUACUUCAAAUUGCAAAAGCCUUUGAUCCUAUUUACAAGCUCAAAUGUCUCUGCUAUCCUUAAUCUUGAGCUUGCAUUUCUUUAACCAAAAAUUCACGUAGGCAUGCUAGCAAUUCAAGGGUGGUCACUGAUUUAGCAGAUUUUUAAAAAAUGUAUUUAUUAUCUUUACUCUAAUGCUGUCAUGUGGGGCCACGAGACUGCCCUGAACAACAAAAAGAAAAAAGAAAAAAAGGAAGGAAAGAAACUGAUAAAAGAGCCAUUCUGGCCCCUAUGUUAUUAAUGGAAAAAGACAAGAAGAAAAACAAUCUCACGGUACAUGUCACUUGUGGAAAAACUUCCUGACGAGACGACCGUUGUUUUAUGUUUUCAGUGUUCUGAAAAUAUCAGUGUUGUGGCGAUUAUCACAGGUGUCACCUAAAACUGCUGCCCCGACCAGCAGAAUGUCAUGUCAUCUCGCUGCUCCCUUGACACGUGAUGGAGGGCUGUAGACCUUUUUCUCCCAUGGGUGCAUCCCCAGUGCCUAUCUUCUUUGAUAGUCCUGUAGAGGUUACACUAGUUCAUUGAGGUGUGAGCUUUUUUUUUUUUUUUUUUUUGAGAAAAAAAUAUAUAUAAAUAUAUAGAUAUAUAUAUCACUAUAGAAUAAUGCAUUAAUAAAAAUGAGGCUUUUUUUAGAGGAAGACCAAAAAAUUCAAUGUCUUAAAAAUAUAUUUAAUGGCAAUGCAAAAGUCUUCCUGCUUCCAUGCUGAACUUUUAGAACAGAGGAUUGUAUUGCAAGACAAAGUUGAAUGUAAAGUGAUCCCCCUGAACAUUUUUAAAGUUUUACUUUUCUAAAAUUACCCAUCACAACAGUGCAUAGACCAUACGAUGUUAGGUUGAAGGUCAAUUUUGGUGUAUAAUAUAUAUGCUUUAUAAAAAUGUAUAAAAUGUCCUAAAGUUUUGAUUUAGUUUUGGGACUAGGAAUCGAUGGGUGGUAUUUGCUUUGUAACGCUCCCCAGGUACAAUAGAACUGAAUAUGGACCCCACUGAACACAGUGUAUGACGCGUAUUUAAGUAGUUCUCUAUACUUAGAGUAGUCAUGCCGCUAUACAAAUGGUUCAUGUUCAUACUGCAACUUACAAGCAAAAUAAAAAGUUGAUAAUAUACUAAAUUUUUCUCUAUCCUGUACAUUUCAAAAAAAAAGGCAUAUGCAAUAUUUACAUUUUUAAUUUAGUUUACAGAAUGGAACCAAAAUGUAUAAAUGUUAUGUUUGCUAAAACUUCACAAUGUAUAUUGGGUCUUUGUACAUUUUGCCUGACUUACCUUAAAUUUAAAAUAUUUUUUGCUAUAUAAACUUUAACAGUUAUUAAACAGUGUUUUCUUUUCGGGUACGUAUUGUUUCUGGAUAUCGAGAUGUUAAAUAUAUUUCUUGCUAUUGUGAUAUGACAAAAGACUUACCUUAUCUUGCUCUGUCUUCCACUGUACACGCUGUAUAUAAGGGUCAAUGUGACGCUGCUGGAGACGAGAAUAAAUGGAACUAGAAUAGCGCAUUGUAUUUAGUCUGUAUUGAUCAUGGAUGCUCUCCUAAUAGCCAUAUGCAAUAAAAUAAAAUACAUUAUUUAUGAAAUGAA